UCCCCCAUAUCCCAAACUUUCUCUCUCUUCUCUCUUUCUCUUUCUCUUUCUCUUUCUCUCUCUAAAACUGCAUCUCGGAAAAGCGCUUUUUCCGCUUCUCUGCGAGCUCCGGCAUUAGCUUCUCCUCCCCCUCCCAGCUUUUACCAUUUUUACCCCUCGAUCUCUCGCACCUCUACGCAGCUACCCGCGGCCUCGGCCGAGGGCACAUCGGUCAUUUGGCAGGUCCGCUGGUGCGGGGGGCCCACCAUGUCGAGCUACACGAGGCGCGAGGGGACACUUGGCGCGUGGCGGAAGCGCAAGGAGCAGCGCGAGCCGUGCGACCCGCCUCGGACCAAGCCGGUCGCUGCGGACGCCGAACCGGGUGCGGGUUCGGGUUCGGGUUCGGACCGUAACAACAAGGUGUUGGCGGGUUACCUGGCGCACGAGUUCCUCACGCGGGGGACGCUCUUCGGGAAGCGGUUCGAGCCGGGGAAGAAGGACCCGAACCCAAACCCGAACCCGGUACGGCCCGGGUCGGGCGAACCGCCGAGGGCGUAUGCGGAGGUGUCGUAUAUUUUGCGUGCGGAUGGUGGGGCCCACGUCGCGGGCGUGGUGAACCCGACGCAGCUGGCGCGGUGGAUUCGGAUAGGGGGUGAGGAUAACGCCGCGAAGCGCCAGAACAAGUAGGCUGCUGACACGUGGAAGGGCCCCCAUUGGGUGGAGUUGAGAGCCUCGAUUUUUUUUUUUUUGAUUUACUGUACCUUGGGGUUUUUUUUUUCCGCAAUUGACUUCUUAGAAAAAAUUAAUUUUAAAAAUAGUUUCAGUAAAUUUAUAUUUACAAAAAUGGCUUCGUCCCGGCCAAACAAGUGCUACGUCAGCACCAUGUAGGAGGGACUGAAAUCAAAUGGUUAAAUUGAACACGCUAAAUCAUUCACCAUGUCUGAACACGAUAUCUAAACACGAUAAAUGGUUCACCGUAUUUAAAGCUGACGUGACGCUUGCGUGACAGGAUCAGUACUAUUUUUGUAAAUAUAAAUUUGUUGGACUACUUUUAAAAUUAAUUUUUUUCAGCGUACCAAUUGCAAAAAAACCCCCUGUAACUUUUAUUGUUUUGGAGUAGCGAAAACUUAAUUUUAUGCUUGUUUAUUUCAGAAUUGGAGUUAGAAUAAGAAUUAGGAACGGAGUAGUUCAUGCAUUGCAGUAACCUAAGAGGGUGUUUGAUUUUUUAAAA